AUGGGGUCCGAUCCACAAUACGCCAAGUGGCCCAUGUUGCCUCUGGGCCAACACGUCUUCAACCUCACAAACCCCUAUGCCGCUCGUCCUGCUCAACAAGCAGCUGCCAAGAGCCUCCAAGAUGCCAUCAACGAACACAAGAUGGCGCCGCUGUACAAGUACCUGGCACACCCCGUCGAGGGAAUCUUGAACACAAUCGGUGAAGGGACAUCAUCAGCACCAGGGAAGUCGGUAAGCCGGAAGCCGAGUACCGUCGGCAUGCUGGCAAGCAAGAGCUCGACAUCUAGCGCGAACCUGCCCUGGGACGAGGACCUCUACAACAAGCUACAGGCGGAGAACGUUCAGGAGCUUGAGGCCUUCCAGAAGGAGGAAGACGAGGCUGUUGAGAAUGCCGGCGACACCGAGGUCAUUGCUGCGAGGGGCAAGAGAGCCGAAUUAUUCGCCAGAAUUGGUGACAAGGACAAGGCGAUAGCAGCAUACGAAGACGUCUUCGAGAAGACGGGUAUCCUCGGGACCAAGAUCGACUUGGUUCUGGCCAUAAUCCGCAUGGGACUCUUCUAUGGCGACAAGGCCCUGGUGAAGAAGCACGUCACGCGAGCAAAGGCACUUGUGGAGAGCGGAGGUGAUUGGGAUCGUCGCAACCGCCUCAAGGCCUACGAGGGCCUGCACCUGCUGACGGUGCGCUCCUAUAACCUCGCCGCACCCCUGCUACUCGACUCUCUGUCCACCUUUACUAGCUACGAAUUGUGCACAUACUCCAACCUGGUCGUCUACUCGGUGCUGGCCGGCUCUGUCUCUCUGAAAAGAGUCGACUUCAAGAGCAAGGUUGUCGACGCCCCCGAGAUCAAGGCCAUCCUCGGCGCAGACGGCGACGACAAGCUUCUGGCUCUGACUGGUGCCAUUUCAGCGGGCCCUGGAGCUGAGGACGCCGAGAUGGCUGAUGUCAAGGACACCAGCACGCCGAGCGCGCCAACCAAAGGCACCACGGUGGUCAACCUGACCACUCUCGGCACCGGCACUGACCAGCCUGAGUCGGAGAUGGCCGUUGACUUUUCGUCACUGGCCCAGCUCGUUAACAGUCUGUACAACGGCAACUACAAGUCGUUCUUCCAGGCUCUUGCAUUGGUCGAGGAGCAGUUCCUGACGCAGGACCGCUACCUGCAUGAGCACAGGGGCUGGUUCAUCCGCGAGAUGCGGCUCCGAGCAUACCAGCAGUUGCUGCAGAGCUACCGUGUGGUAGGACUUGAGAGCAUGGCAAAUGACUUUGGCGUCACGGUCGACUUUUUGGAUCAUGACCUCGCAAAGUUCAUUGCCGGUGGUCGCAUCCCGUGCACCAUCGACCGCGUGACAGGCAAGGGCGUGAUCGAGACCAACCGACCAGACGACAAGAACAAGCAAUACCAAGAUGUCGUCAAGCAGGGUGAUCAGCUCAUUACUAAGUUGCAGAAGUAUGGUCAGGCUGUGCGGUUGCGUGGCAGUGAGAGAGCGUAG